AUGAAAAAGAGAAAGUGUCAAUUUCAACAACCAUGUGAUAGAAGAGACAUAAAAAAAAAAUUAAGAAAUAGAAAUAAGCCAAUGCAUAAUGGUAAGAGAAAGACAGAACAAAAUUCACCAUCCCCAGAUGAGAUCCACGAUGAAGAAAGAAGCUUAAACAGAAUUUUUCAAAAAGACGAGGGAAAUCAAAAUAGUCAUAAUUUCACAUGCUAUAAGAAAAAAUGUAAAAUGUGCAGAAAUAAACGAAAAAAAGAAAAGGAAAAAAUUAUAAAACCGAGUAGAAAUAAAGAGACAUAUAUAUUUAUACAUAAUAGCUCAUCACAGGAAAGUGACUCUUCUCAAAUUGGAAAAAUUUAUGAAUCUACUGAAUCACAGAUAUUUCAAAGUACAAACGAAUUUGAAGUAAAUACCACAACAACUAACAGUACAUUAAGUGAUAUGAGUCUAAAUAAAGAAGAAAAUCACAACACACAUGAUAGUCUAAUUCAAGUAAUUGAACGCAUCGAAUAUACAGGAAAUCCAUAUACAAAUGAAAACUAUCACUUAAACAGAAAUUGUGAUGUUUUGGAAACGCAUCAUAUUUACAAUGUUUUAGAAAAUGAUCUAAGUUUGAACAAACGAAGAAAUGUAGUCAGUUCACACUCCACAAUCGAAUCUAAUAACUCAAACAGAUGUGAUGAAUCCACCAGUUCUAAUGCUCAAAGGAUUGUUAACCUUUCCACCUUCGAUCUUACGAAUAAAUGCAGACACUCUUCGAAUCACAUAACUCAAGAUGACACAUUUAUCAAAGCAGCAAUGGAGGAAGAAAAAAUGAUCAUGCAAAAUAAGCUAUUCAAAAAAAUGCAAAUAAUCCUUCCAUUUUACAGAAAACGCAUUUUUAUAGAAUCCAUUUGUGAACACACCCAGAUAAACAAGAUUAAAGAUGAAAGAGAUGAAGAGAAUUUAAUAUCUCAAUGUUACAAUGUAUUCUGUAAAAUUCGAGAAUGUGCAGCAUGUUGUAGUGAUAAACAUACAGAUAGGAAAUUUCCCAAUGAUGAAUUGUUAAUUACGUAUUUUUUCAACAAAUUAAAUAAAAACAAAUAUGACAUAAAAUUAAAAAUGGAUUACUAUGAAUUAGAAUUUUUCAUUAUCUUCUUUUUAACAUAUUUUCGUUUUUCAUUAUACUUAAACGGGUUUAUAAAUUCUUCUUUUCUUUAUCACUCCAAUGAGGUACACUUCAUCAUCUUUGUCUUAAACAGAUAUCAUUACUUUGUAGACCAUAUGUAUAUCAAUCAUAAUUCUUUACCUUUUACUUCGAAUGAGAUACAAGAUAUUAUGUUGACUUAUAAGAAAUGCAUAAUCUCUAUUCUAGAUUAUCUCGACGCAUUUUACCCAUUCCUCCUUCUCAUAAGUGAAGUUAUAGAAAAAGUUCAUAAAAAAUUUAAAAAAAUUUUACACAAGUUGAAGAAACUUGAAAAAAUUUUUGAGAAAAAAUAUCCCAAUGAUACACACAAACCUGAGGAUAACAUGAAUCAUAGUACGAUGAAUCCACACACUAUUGCCAAAUUCAAGGCAAUUAAAAAAAUAAACAAAAUAAAGAGAAAGUUCUUCAAGAAAAAUGGAGACAAAUUUGCAAUGCUGAUUACGGAAAAUUUGAGAAGAUACUGGAUCUUUAGCUAUCCUUAUGAUAAGGGUAUAACGAAAAAGAAAGCAACCAUUUUUUUCGAAUCUAAAAUGAAUCAACUUUUUUUGGAAAAUGAUAAACUGGAUAUGCGAAAAGUGCAUGGAGAAUUAGAAAAAAUGAUACUUAACACUCGAAAUAAUAUGUUCGUGAAAUAUAUAAUUUUCUCUACUCUAGUCAAAUUAAACCAAAUUUUAAACAGUUUAGAAAUGACAACUUCUGCAGGAGAAGCUGAAAGAGAUACAUACGCGCUACAAACCAUAUCAAUGUCUGAGCUACUCACUUUCAAGGCUUUGAUAAAAAUGAAAAAAAAAGAUAAAUGGGCUUUACUAUUAAAGCAUAAUUAUUUUUAUAUUGAAAAAAGUUAUUACUACUUUAAAGAAUUACAUGAAAAAAAAAUCAUAUAUUGUCAAAUACAAAACUUGUUUAGAUCAAUCCUAAAUUUCAAAAUUAAUGUCAUCUAUCAUCCGUUCAUUCAACACCUGCAUGUUGAAGAUCUUCAAAAUAAAAAUAUAGAAAUGAUAUACGAUUAUAUAUAUUACAUAAAAAAUAUACAUGAGAAAAAUUUUCUCAUAACUCUUUUUGUUUACAAUGGGUUGAUAUACAAACUCCAAUUUGAUGUUUCUACUUUUGGAUUUCUUUACUCCAUUUAUAAUUCUGUAACAUUUUUAUUCUUUCAAAAGUCGUACAUUCAUUUAGUAAAAGAAAAUCAAACAAUGAAAAAUAAAUUUAUGAAUCUAUUUAAAGAUAUUAUCAAUUCUUUAAAUUUUUCAAAAUAUAAAAAUGUAGCGAGUCCUACAAAAAAUAUUAUAAAAGGUGCAUUUUUUAAAUCAGAAAAUCAGAUCAUAAAUAAUAUGCUAUACUCUGCUAUGAGAAAAACAAUACGAAUGAGAUAUACUGGACAUAUAACCACAAAUGCAUCACUUUUUUAUAAUUAUGAAAGAUUAAUACAUAAUCAGUUGUGCAAAGUACUUCCAAAUAAAAAUGAACAAAAUAUGGUUGAGCAAAAUUAUUUAAUCAGAGAAAUUGAUAACUAUUUGGGAAACGUUAAAAAUAAAUUAUGA